GGAGGAGCCGCCGCCGCCAGGGUGUCAAUAAUACCGCAAGGCGUCGUUGCCGUCCUAAUUGAUCAAGUUGGAAUUUUUGUUUUCUUCUCCCCUGGUUCUCAUGGUUGAUCUUCCUUCGUGAAGACAGCAGGAAGCCGGGACCCGAACGAGCAGAUGGAGGGCACGGAGUCGGGAGUUCCCUCGGAGCCGUCGGAGCCUUCCCAGAGGGGCAGCGUCUCGUCGGCCGGGAUCCGUGCCCUGGAGGUGCUGGUGUACCUGGUCAACGACACGGCGGUCCAGCUGACCGUGGAGAGCCUGCCCUCGGUGUCCGCGCAGGAUCUGGGGCGCACCGUGCGAGAGGCGCUCCAGCUCCCCGAAACCGCCCAGGACGCCUUUGCCUUCUGGCUCAGCUCGCCUCUGCUGGAGCUGCAGCUGAAACCGAAGCACCAGCCCUACAAGGUCUGCCGCCAGUGGCCGGAUCUCCUGUACCGUUUCACCGAGGCUCCUGAGGAAGAGAUCGCCCAAGAUGAGCCCUGCCUGCAGUACAGGAGGAACGUGUUUUUCCCAAAGGCCAAGGAGCUGCAGGUCGGAUCGCUUCUUCGGAUCGCGUCACGCACACGCAAGGAGAUCAAGCGCCUGAAGCCCAGGAGAGCCACCUCCUUCUUCACCCGCCAGGCGCCGGCCAGCCAGCCCUCCUACAGCGCGGUGCAGGCGGCGGAGAGCCUGGAGCAGGGCUGA